ACCAGCCUGCUGAGGACAAACUUGCAAGAAGCGGAGCAUGCAGAAAAAGCUCCGCUGAACAUCAGUGCAGCUGCGCGGCUCCUGGUGAGGCUACACGCGGCGAUAGGAGCGGAGCUUGUUGCGGAUAACACCAUGAUUGCCACAACUCAACAAAACAUGACCACCGAGCUGGACCUGGGGAGUUCAGACGGUCCCCCGCGGAACUGGAAGGGCAUCGGGAUCGCCAUGGUGGUGAUCCUGGGGGUUAUGUCUCUGGUCAUCCUCUCCGUCGUCAUCCUCACUCCUGACGAUUCUCACUUGUUACUCCGCUCCCAUGUGACCAUGGAGGACCUUGAGAGCGAAGAAUUUAAAGUUCAUGAUCCCUGUGCGGCAUGGCUGAAUGAUAACGAAGUGGUCCUGCGCACCAGAGAGGGACAUGUCCUGACAUUCGCCCUCAACAGCAACCAGACUACAACCCUCCUGGACAACAGCUCUCUGGAUCUGACCUCAACUAAAUUCCAGGUGUCUGCAGACAAGAAGUUUGUCCUCUUGGCGUAUAACAUUCGACCGGUGUUUUCUCAGUCCUUCACAGCCUCCUAUGCUAUCUACAGUGUGGCUAAUGGGGAUCUACUGGAGGUCAGACCUCCCGGGAGUGAGACAACAGAGUUGCAGUUUGCUUCCUGGGGACCUCAGGGGAACCAGCUGGCCUUUUUGUUUGACGGAGAUAUCUACUACAAGCCCAGCGUGCCAAGCAACCCGCUGCGUCUCACGUCCACCGAGGAAGACCAAAAUGUUGUAAACGGACUCUCUGACUGGACAUAUGAAGAGGAGGUGCUUCUGACAUAUGCAGCCCACUGGUGGUCUAUGGACGGUGCCCGGCUUGCAUAUCUCCGCAUCAACAACUCUGCAACACCUGUGAUGGAAAUACCUCAUUUCCUUGGAGGCCUCUACCCCUCCAAUAUGAUUUUUCACUACCCAAAGGCUGGUUCCAGUAUCCCAUCAGUCAGUCUGUUUGUAGUGAACCUUUAUGGUCCAGCUCACACUCUGGAGAUGCUGCCUCCCGACUCGCUCAGGGCCAGGGAAAACUACAUCUCCAUGGUGAGCUGGAUAAGCAGUACCAGGCUCGUGGUUCGUUGGCUGAAUCGUGCUCAGAACCAAUCAGUGCUCUGCGUGUGUGAGGCCACCACCGGGGCAUGUUCAGAGAAACACAAAAUGUCCAUGGAUAUAAUGCAGAACCAGCGACAGGAUGUGCCUUUGUUCACAUCAGACGGCUCUAUGUUUUAUACGGUACUACCUGCAAAACAAGGCGCUCGUGGAGAGUUCCACCACAUCGCUGGCCUGACCGUCCAGCCCGCCAUCCCCUCUGUCCCCCCUCGCUUCUUGACAUCGGGGAGCUGGGAUGUCACCUUGCUCUGCGCCUUAGACGAGGAGGCUGGAAGAAUCUUCUUCCUGAGCACAGAAGAAUCAAGAGAGAGCAGACACCUUUACAGUGUGGACCUAAAUGGAGUGUUUCAGCGUCGUUGCAUCUCAUGUGACCUGGUUGAUGGAUGCAAUUUCUUCAAAGUUGUUUUCAGCCCCAACCAAACUCACUUCAUUCUUUAUUGUUUGGGCCCAAGAAUCCCUAAAGUGACCGUUCACAGUACUAAGGACCCCUCCAGUUAUGUCAUCUUGGAGGAUAACAACCCCCUGUCUGAAGCUCUGGAGGACAAGAGGCUCCCUGAGAGUCUGUUUAAGACAGUCCAAGCAGACAACCAUGAUCUGCACCUAAAACUAGUUCUGCCUCAGGGCUAUGAGGCCAACCUGCUCCCACUCCUCAUUAUUGUGGAUGGCACUCCCGGUAGCCAGACUGUGACUGAGGAGUUUUCCCUUGGCUGGCCUCAGGUCCUCUGUAGCGCACACAACGUGGCCUUAGCCUGGGUGGAUGGCCGGAGCGGGGUCGGACGUGGGCAGAAGACUGUAGCCGUAGAUCCUCGGAAGCUUGGCUCACUUAGAGUCAAAGACUAUCUGGGAGUUGUUGAGUUGUUGAUGCAGCUGCCUUACAUCGAUGACCGAAGGAUAGCCCUCUUUGGAAAGGCCCUUGGAGGUUAUCUAACUCUUAAAAUGUUGGCUGCAACAGACAAGCUCUUUCAAUGCGCUGCAGCUGCUGCACCAAUUACCGAUUUCAAGCUUUAUAGUGCAGCAUUUUCUGAAAGGUAUCUUGGGCUUCCGGCAAAGGAGGAUCAUGCUUACUUGACUGCCUCCGUCCUUGAAGAAGCCAACAAACUAAAAGAAGAGAACUUUCUUAUUCUACAUGGAACUGCAGAUGCGAGGGUCCACUUCCAGCACAGUGCUGAGCUCCUGAGCCGCCUGGUGAAGGUGGAGGCCAACUACUCCCUGCAGCUGUACCCAGAUGAGGGCCACGUCCUUAGAGAGCCCCGCAGCAUCAGACACUUCCAGCGGACUGUGGUGAAUUACCUCCAGAACUGCCUGAAACACAGCACCCUUCUAGAAGUUCCAGAGGAAGAAGAAGAGGAAGAUGACUGAGUCCAGAAGCCUCUGUCUCUCCUUCUGAAAGGACUCUCGAUGAGGACUGUAUGCCACAGUUAAGCAUUUCAUUGGGGCAGGUUACCAGGAAUUAGAGCAGAGGAGUAGGGACCAAAAAAAUCAGAUCACCUCGUGUAACUUCUGGAAAAAUUGUUGUACUGUACAACAUGUUGCACAAAUUUAUUUCUGGUGUUUUGUUGUAUGUUUGGGGAGCAGUUUGUUUACAAUAUUCACUUGAGAUUAUGGGAAUGAGAUUUCCACUAACUCAAAAAGUUUACAAAGUUUAUAAAACAUGCAUGUCAUAAUGGCUGCAUGAUGUUGAUUAUUGCAUUUUGAGCAUUUUUCCAGGAUUUUUAUUUUUGCCUUCAGACCUCAAACCUAAGUCCCGUCCUGCGCCUCUCAUUCUUACUUAAAGAUUCUUAAAUCAAAUGGUUAUAUUACCUCCCCUGCAUUUCAAAUCUGCGGCUACUAGUUGCAAGACACUAGGUCGUGAGGAGCUGGAGACCCAUGGCUUAGAAGUAUGCAAAACGGACAACACCAUACUGGGAGAUAUAAAAAAUAAGAAGCGAUUGCCUUAAUGAAAAAA